AUGUCCUCCCAGCAACCCCCCUCCCAACCCGCGCAGCCGUCCAACGGCGCAUCCAAACCCGCCAAGCCACCUAAACAGCCUAAGUCCAAAGAUGCCCCUCCCGCCGCGGGCGGAGCUCCAGGGGAGGAAAAGCUCAGCCCAGCUGAACUGAAGAAAAAAGCGAAGGCCGAAAAGGCCGCCCGCAGAGCUAAAGAAAGGGCUGAAAGAGAAGCUAGCGGAGGAGGUGGUGGUGGUGGUGCAGGGGCCGGACCAGGGCCUAACGCCGCACCGGCCAAGAAGGGCUCAACUGGAGGCGGCGCUGGAGGAAAGGAGGCUCCGGGACAGCCAUACAAGAGUCAGAGACAUCGACGCGGAUCGGCUACACAGGCCAGCGCUACGGAACAGAAAAAGAAGCAGGAGGAUAAGAACGUCGCUGUCUUCGGUCAUUUGUAUGGACAGCCGAGGAGGACUACCAUCGCCGGUGCCGGGAAGGAAGUACACCCCGCCGUGUUGGCGCUGGGUCUGCAGAUGAGGGAUUAUGUCGUUUGCGGUAGCAGUGCUCGCUGUGUGGCGACCUUACUUGCUUUCAAGAGGGUCAUCGAGGCUUAUACGACUCCCCUGGGCACCUCCCUUUCCCGUCACUUGACUACCCACCUCUCCCAUCAGAUUACCUAUCUCUCUACAUGCCGUCCUCUCUCUAUCAGUCAGGGUAACGCUAUCCGUGCGCUUAAACUGGCAAUCUCCUCCAUUGAUCCUUCCGUCCCCGAGGCCAGCGCUAAGGCCACGCUGAGCGAUUUUAUCGACAACUUCAUCCGUGAAAAGAUUACCGUGGCCGACCAGGUCAUUGCGACCAGCGCCGCAGAGAAGAUCCAGGACGGCGAUGUGAUCGUCACCUUCGCCGGCAGUUCGAUCGUGAAGCAGACGCUUCUCACCGCACACAAACAGGGCAAGAAGUUCCGCGUGUCCAUCAUCGACUCCCGUCCGUUGUUCGAAGGCAAGAACCUGGCCCGCACGCUGGCCAAUGCGGGUCUAGAAGUUCAGUAUUCUCUUGUCAACGGUAUCAGUCACGCUAUCAAGGAUGCUACAAAGGUGUUCCUCGGCGCACACGCCAUGACCAGUAACGGACGACUCUACUCGCGGGUCGGUACAGCGCUGGUCGCCAUGUCGGCCAAGGAGCGCGCCGGCGGCGUGGAGGUACCUGUCAUUGUGUGCUGUGAGACCGUCAAGUUCACGGACCGUGUCGCCCUCGACAGCAUUGUCGUCAACGAAAUUGCCGACGCAGACGAGCUCGUCCCCAGCCAGCCCUUGAAGCAAGUGACGGGUCUGUCGGGCCCCGCUGACGAGGCCGAUACGAAGAAAGGCGAUGCGAAGAAGGGUGGCAAUAAGGCUGCCGCCAAUGCUCCCCCCGCAGAGUCGACACCCCUGCCCGAGGGCUCGUCUCCUCUUGCAAACUGGAAGGAAACGCCUAAUCUACAGCUCUUGAACAUCAUGUACGACGUGACCCCAGCCGAGUACGUCGACAUGGUAGUCACAGAGAUGGGCAGUUUGCCGCCAAGCGCGGUUCCGGUCGUGCAUCGGAUGAGUACGAAUAUGUGA